GCCGCGUUCCAUUCUCCGAAGCCGGCGACCGCCUGGCCGUCUCCCGCCCGCCGCCUCCUCCUCCUCCUCCUCCCUCACCGCCGGCCGGACAAGGGCGCGCGGGGGGCCUCGCCUCGAUCCCGGAGGGCUGCGGGUGCGCGCGGGCGGCGGAGAGGAUCCUGCAGCGCGGCAGCUGCGAGCGCCUCCUUCCCCUUCUUCCCUCAGGUCUCCGCGCCCCGUUCUGCCGGUGAAUCUACCCUCCAGCUGGCAUAAGGAUUCUCACUUCUGGAUUUUACUUUUUUUUUUCUUUUAAAAAAAAAACAACUUGGACGGAUAAAAGAUGUGCCAUGGCAGGAUAGCACCAAAGAGCAGCUCAGCGUUGGCCUUGGCCUCGGUCAGGCAUGGAGUCUUCCUUCUGCUGGUGAUCCUGAGUAGCCUGUUUGGAGACGGGCUUGCUUCUGUGUGCCCCCUGCCCCCGCAGCCAGAGAAUGGAGGCUACAUCUGCCACCCCCGGCCCUGCAGAGAGCUCCUGACAGCAGGCAGCGUCAUCGAGUACCAGUGUGCUGAAGGCUACAUGUUGAAGGGCGAUUACAAGUACCUGACGUGUAAGAAUGGCGAGUGGAAGCCGGCCAUGGACAUUAGCUGCCGUCUCAAUGAGGAGAAAGACACCCACGCGUCCCUCGGGGUCCCCACACUGUCCAUCGUGGCUUCCACCGCCAGCUCCGUGGCCCUGAUCCUCCUGCUCGUGGUGCUGUUCGUGCUGCUGCAGCCAAAGCUCAAGUCUUUUCAUCACAGUAGGCGUGACCAGGGUGUCUCCGGGGAACAGGUCUCCAUCAUGGUGGAUGGAGUCCCAGUUGCAUUGCCGUCGUAUGAGGAGGCCGUGUACGGCAGCUCUGGCCACUGCGUGCCACCGGCUGAUCCCAGAGUGCAGAUUGUGCUGUCUGAAGGGUCUGGGCCCAGUGGGAGGAGCACACCGAGAGAGCAUCAGCUGCAGGACCAGGGGGCCUGUUCCUCUUCAGGUGGAGAGGACGAGGCCCCAGGCCAGUCUGGACUGUGUGAAGCCCGGGGCUCCCGAGGCUCAGAGACAGUGAUGGUGCACCAGGCGACCACCUCCUCCUGGGUGGCCGGCUCAGGGAACAGCCGACUGGCACACAAAGAAGCCGUGGAUUCUGAAAACAGCGACAUACAAAGCCUUUUAUCCCUCACGUCAGAGGAGUACACAGAUGAUAUUCCACUGUUGAAAGAAGCGUGAGGGUUGCCAGCUCUCUCUCCACUGCGAGGGUCCUUCCUGCCCUCCCCAGCACCGUCCUGUGGGUUUGAGCACUCCGUACUCUCCAGCCACCCCGCUCGGAUAGCUGAGUGCCACCUGUGUAUCUCUGAGGGCCUGCGGCCACCUUGCUGAAAACUCCAGGAAGAUCUCUCUCAGCUGUCUGCCUGCUGCACAACUGGGGGAAUAGGCCCUUUGCCUGGCCCAGCCCUGCCACCUGUGGGGACAUAAUUUGAAUGUGCUGGCUCAAACCCACCCUCUCCCUGCCACUCCCCCCAAACCCCCCACCCGCCCCCAUCCCCCCAGCCUCUAAGCCCCCUCCAGCCAGCUCCGGGGUGGCAGCCCCAACAGCUCACAUGGGCCCGAGAGCCGCCAUGUUUACUUGUGCCUUCCCCAUCCCUCUCCGGUUCCCCUGCUGUGCAGGCUUGUUGCUCUCAACAAGCCUUAGUGGCUGCACCACUGCUCCUGCCCCAGGAGACCAGGCCUGGCUCUGGUGUGUCUCCUGCGAGGGCUGGCGCCGCCCUUGACAGGAGCAGAUCCAAGAGGGAAAGCUCUCCCAGUGCCAUGUGGCUCCCACUGGGGCAGGAGUGGGUCCCUGGGCUGGCCCUGGGUUGACUCCUGUGGUGUAGUCCCCCUGGCUGAGGCUGCAGAACUUGGAGAAUCAUGUUAAAUUUUCCCCAGCACCAGCUGCCCAGCUCAGAGAUGCAGGCUGUGGUCCCAUUUGAGUAGAGAGAUUCCAAGAAGCACCCAGGAGAUCCUGAGGGUGGAAAGGAAGGUGGCUGAUACCAAUUGUCUUCCGAAUAUGCAAAUUCUUAUUUCUUGCUUCGGACAGCAAGCUUCCUGGCCUGGGUUUUCUCCAUUUCCCUGGAGUGUAAGGGGAGGCUACCUCCUGGGCUCCAUCCCCAGGCACCCUGGCUUCCUUGCCGCCCACAGGGCCUCCAGCGGAAGAGUUGCCGAGUGGCCUCAGGAGGACUGCCUGGCCACGGGUAGUCUGGCAGGUUGUCCCUCUUGGGUUCAUGGUGAUGGAGCAAUGGCACACGCCAAGUGUCUGGGUGGCUGCAGGCGGCUCCAGCCCAGUCCUGAGGCUCCUCAUCAUGGUCAUGUGCCUUAGUAACUGCCCAGGAAGUGGCUUGCUGCCGGCUGCUUUUCCUCCUGCACUUCCUUACCAGCCCUCUGCAUGUCAUGGCUGGCAGGUGGCCCCUUGCUUCCCUGAUACCCUGGGGGUGAAGGGGGUGGGUGCAGGGCUCUUCAAGGGGAGCCUCUCGCUUUGCCCUGUGCCCUGCAUCGAAUGCUAACGAGGCUAGGUGGAAAGGCCCCGCCCAGCCCAAGCCAUCUUCAGAAGAUAGAUGUGGCAUUAAGGAAUGUUGACUUUCCUUUUUUUUUUUUUUUUUUUUUUUUUUGGUGAAAUCUCUAAAGCACUGAGGCUGGGAAACUUGGAAGCUGACCCGGUGCUCCCGCUCCGCUCCUGCCCCAAGCCUCUCUCCUGCUUGGGAUGGGAAAAUCCAUAAAACCCCACAGACAGAUGUGCCUGAGCUGAUGGAGUUAGCUGCAGGCAUGGGCAGACGCUUCAGGAUGAGAGCAACAGCCUUCUGCCAGCCCGCUGCCCUGCCGCCUCCACUCACAUUCACGCACUUUACUCGCUGGUCUUCCCCUCCUCUCAGGGUAAGGGCAGCACCUGCUAUGCCCCUAGAACUCCCCCCCCCCAUACCUCCCCCUACACAGCCAGAGUGGUCCAACCAGAGGCACCACUGGACAAGGAGCUGAAGGUGGGGGAGUGUGGCGGGCCCAACUGCCUUAGUGCACACAGACACCACAGCCUGCAACAGCACCUGGCCUCCCCUCCUUGCCUAGCUCCCCAACCCCGGGAGGAGAAAAACAGCCCGGACUAAUGGGCGGUGCCUGGGUAUGUCCUCCGGAACCCCAGUUCUAUCCUAUCUUAUUUUUUAAACAUAAGUCUCUCCCAUUUCUGUCCUCUGGGGUUCCCCCCGACACCCCACUGGGAGAGACUGCUCUGGUUGUUUGGGGGUUUGUUCAACCUCUUGGGUGACUGGCUGGCUCAGCACUUGAUGAAAUGAAAGGCUGGCCUUCCAGAGAAGCUGCUUUCCACUUCCUGCCGUGGAAGUGGCCGGGCCACAUGCCCGAGCUUGCCCACCUGGAGAGCAAGAGAGAAAAGUCAGAACCAGCGUGUACCCCUGCUCCCUUGCCCCGCUCCCAUCGCUGGCUUUAACAGGGUUCCCCUGGAGGCUCCAGGGCUGUGGGUGCAGGCACUGGGCUCACAUUCCUGCUGACCCCUGUGGCAGCCCCCUCCCUGACCCCCGCCACUUCUUUACUAUGGGCCUUGUGUUCUGCUUCUUGAGCUGUGGCUGGCUGAAGGAUUAGGGUCUCCACUGCCGCCUUGAAAUGGGGCCUGGCUGAGAGCCUAGGGCACUCUUAGGCAGGAGGCCACCUGGAGCAGGUAGAAGGGACCGAUCCCCAGAGCCCUGCCUUCAUGAGUUCGCCUCCAGGAGAGUCAGGCAGAAGCCUGGUCCCAGAGCAGUGGCCAGUGCUGAAAGACUUGGAUACGAGGGUUUAGGUGUUUCUCUUUGCACACUUGUGCCGUAGUCGUAUCCUCGCAGCAUUUCCAGGGCCAGAAUCCAAUGAAAAUCACUUCAAAACUCCAUCCCCUUCAUGCCUUAGUUUAGCAGGUAGGCUCUGUCUUUUGCCACUUCUGUGCUUUCCUGUGCGGUUUCACUGGGUGCGAACUGUGACAUGGGCCAAGCCCUGGCCAACUUUGUGAGUUUGGUUUUAUAAGGCAUUUCAGUGCAUGUCCGAUAAGCACUCCAUUUGCAGACAGAACUUCAGGAUUGCCUUUCCCGAUUCACCCAGCCCUCCUCCUACCACCCCCAGCUUUAAGGUUGUGUGGAGAAGCCACUGGUGAGACAAAGGUAUACUCUUCCUGCUUCAAUGGUGGUGGGCCAGGGAUGGGCAGCACUUGGCCUCGGCCUGCCCAUCCCCGUCCCAGUGGAGUGGCCUACCACUUGCUUCUCACAUGACAAUGUGGCCUGUUUCCAGGAACAUCCUUGUGUAGAGAAUGGAAUAUGCUGCAAACAUUUCUAUAACCUCACCCUCCCCACCCCCGGCACAAAAGACCUAGAAGGGAAGUGGCAGCCAGAUGCUACAGCUUAAUUCCAGAUGUGCUGGCCAAGGACCAUGGUGAGGCUGGGAGCCCCUCUUAUGGGACCUGCCGGGUCUCCUUGUGGUCAGCCUGAGGACAGGCAUCCAUGGGGCCCUAGGAAGGGGCUUGGGGAAUAUUUUGCUUGGAAGAUGUUGGUGCUGAGUAAUGCUGAUUCCCCAGAGAGGGGAAGGUGGCAGGCUCAGCUCUUCUGGGAAAUGAGUCUUAAUUUCCAGUAGAAGUCUGGUGGAGCUUUGAAGGAGAACCCCCCCCCCACCCCCAGUGUUGAACCCUCAGCCAAGUAGCCAGGCAAACUGGAGAGAAUGCAGAGUUGGAACGCUCAGAUUGCUAAGCAGGGAGGAGGAGGGACCCAGGUUGCAUGGCAGCUCCCACACCUACCCUGGCUUCUUAAGGUUAUGACACCACUGAGGCACCCUUUGCAGAAUGGUACUCGUAAUGGUUGCAGACUGUGCAGGAUGUCACUCAAUCAGUUUGGGUUUGCUUUAUUUUAUUCUAUAUAUAUAUUUUUUUGGUAUCCUGUACAUUGCGGUGGGUGUGAAGAUAGUAUUUUAAUAUUUGUACAAAGUUUAAUUUAAUUUUAAUUGUUCUAUGUAUAUAACUGCAUUUCUAAAUAAUAAUAAUAAAAAGUUCUUA